AUGAUUACUAUGGCUAUUUUAUCAUCGCAUCUCGUUAUUGUGAACCACAAAGGUGAAAUUAGCUCUAGUUUGGAAAGUUUAAUUGGCAUGUCAUUAUACGCAAAAAUGCAAAUGCAAUCAUUUCCAAUGAAGCCCAAACUAUUUUUUGUGCUACGUGAUCAAAUAAAUUCCGACAAGAAAAUUUUUCAGGAGCAAUUGAAUAAAUUCAAAGAUAAUCUCAGAACUUCUUCAAGUUUUCUAAAAGUCAACAUUGAUGACGAGCUUGAAAUAACAUCGGAUAACAUUUGUCUUCUUCCAUCCGCAUUUUCAGAAGAUAUAAAUCCAGAUUUGGGCAUCAAACAGCAAUGGAGAAAUUCAACAUUUCCAUAUAACAUUCAUGAUUUGCGUAAACACAUUUUCGCCGGUCUCAAACAACAUUCUAAUUCAUUCUACUCUGAUUUCACGAUGCUUUACAACAAAAUGACAAGUAAUUGGAAAACAAUUGAUGAUCUAGGCCAAGGUCUGCUGGAAUGCAAAUCAUUAGCUGAAUUGAAAAUAACUAAUGAGUUAAAAUCACUAACGCAGGAAAUUUAUGAAGAAAAGUCUAGGGAACUCUACGAUAAGGGAAAAACGAUGUUAGAAGACGUGAUUCAGAAAUGGAAGGAUGAUGAUAUCCAGACUCCAUCUGAUGUAAUUAUGAAGACAUUGUCGGAAGAGGGAACACACAAACUGGAUAUUUUAACGCGGGAUAUUCUCAAUGGUGCUCUUGAAAAGUUUGACGAAGCCACUCAAGCAGCUUAUUAUAGUGGUCUGAAAGCGAGACCUCGUGAAUCCAUUGAUCCACUUAUUCGCUCUACGCAAAACUUAUUAUACCAGCGAUUUCAAGAAGAUUUAUACGACAAAGCCAAAACAAAUGCUCAGUUAAGCUUACAAAAGCAAAUGUUAAAUAAAUGCAAUGAAUUCUUCAUUCAGAAUAUAAAUAAUGGAAAUGCUGAUUUUUCAACUUUGAAGGCAGAAUUAGCCAAAAGACGGAAACAGCUGGAAGCCGAUAUAAGACAAAAUUUGAGUUUAUUGAGAAAAACACCUGAUGAAAUUCGAGAAACAAUACUCAAUAUUUACAAUACCGCUAUCACGGCGCGUAAGGGUAAUGCAGAAAAAACAAUCUAUAACCAAUGUAAGGUAUUAUCUCCAGCAACAUUUGAAGAUGAGUGCCGUAAUUUAGAUAAUGUUUUUCAAUCAAUAUUUUCAUAUUUGAAACAUCCAAAACAGCCUACGGGUAAAUGGUGGAAUAGUUUCUUUUCGCAUAGUAAAUGGGAUACCUUUGCAAAACAAUUACACUGGUUUAAAAAGUCAGAUUCUAAGGACAAUCAAAGAAUCUUUAUGGAAAUCAUUGAAGAAGUAGUUGAAAAAGUAAAUCAUAACGUUUCAGAGAUGUUGUCAAGUAUACAACUAGCCUACAACGAUCAAGCAGUGAUUAUCGGUUUACUACAACAUGUUAGCAACGCAAUGCAAUCUCAACAAUCCCCGAUUCAAAAAUAUUAUAACGGAUUAAAUGUACCUCAGAUUACGAUGGAUUUAGUACUCAUUUCACUCCGAUUACUCAUUGAUCAAUCAAUUACAAUUACUAAUCGUAAACAUGAAGAAUUAGAGAAAUCAAUAAAUAAACUAGAUGAUUGGGAAAAGGAAAUUGAGCAGCAAUUUAAUUUGAUGAAAAAUUCAACUGAACAAGCAACUAACUAUCGCCGAGCAUUGCAACAGAAUAUUAUAAGUGAAGCUUUUGACCACUUCCGUCAAGUUACCAUUAAAUCGAUCGAUAAGUACAUUGCUGAGAGGGAUUUUUCGAAUUCAACAGUCCUUGCAGAAGCUGCCUAUGCGCACAGUAUUCAAACAGGAGAUGCAAAUGAAAUCAUGAAAUAUGUCUCAGAUAUUAAUCGUUACUAUUUGGAACGCGCUUUAGAAAAAGUCAGACCAUUUAGGAGUAGUACAAUCGAGGGCAAAAUGAUAGAGUUUCAAGAUGCGGUGCUAAAUUGUGCCCGGAUAGCAUCUGAAGUUGUAGAAAAGCACGGUUCUCGUGACAUCAGCGUUGUGCACAAUUCUAUUUCUACUUCUAUCAAAAGAAUUCUACCGAAUUAUAACGGAAACAAAAUGAUGGUCGUACAAGUAGAAAUAACGAAACCAGAUCAGUUUAAACAAAGCUUUAAAGCUAUAGCAGGCGAAACAACAAAAAUGCAAGAAAAUGUUAAAGAAUUGAAGAGUGAAAUGGAAAAAGUGAUUACGGAAGCAUGCAAAACGAUCGUUACUUCAGCUCUUGGUUGCGCCUCAAUAUGUCCAGGUUGUGGUACGAAAUGUCAAUUAUCUAACCAACCACAUAGCCACCACACGAGCAAGUAUCAUCUGGCGGGUGUGUUUCAUGGAUGGCGAAUUAAGGGGGAAAAUACACCAUAUUUAGUUCUAUGUUAUCAAAACUGGGCAACAUCUGAUGUGGUUGUUGGCGAAGAAACGAUUCACCCCAAAAGCAAGUACUAUAAGGACAGAGCCCCUGAAUGGUUUCAAAACCUCAACCAAAUGGCUAACUAUGGUCCGGAUAAAGAUAAUUCAAUACCACCAGAGGAUCAAAGAAAAGCUUGGAUGAAAGUAAGAAAAACUAUCGUGAAGAGGUUUGGAUUAGUUGACCUACCGAACUAUAGUAAAGAAUAUGACACAACCAUCCAAAGUUCACCAGAGAAUUUUGUCGAAAAAUGGAUAUAUGAUUAA